GCGAAUCGCGGAGGCUCCGGGAAGUUUUGUGCUGCUAAAGGCUGUCACAACAGCUACAGGAAGCUCAAAAAUCUUCUUGAUCAAGAGUGUUAUGAUCACAAGCCAACAAUAAGAGCAGAAUGUAAAUGCCCAAGACCAUUUAAAUUGCACAAGAUGCCAUCCGACGACGACGGUAAAAGACAGUGGCUCGCAGCACUUAAUUUGAAAUGCCCGCCUCGUAACGUCCAUGUAUGCUCAUUCCACUUUGUGGACAGACAACCAACGACAGAAAAUCCAUAUCCUGAACUUUGGCUUGGAUAUGAUCGUCCAUUAAGUAAGAAGAGAAGACGACGAACGUGGUCGGACGAAGGAGCUGGUGUUAACCCAGAGCAACAUGUAAUGGAUGAGAUGAGACCUGUAGAAGAGAGUCUUGCAUCUGUCCCCAGUCCCAAGCAAACAGAUGUAGAUGACAGCAGCUGUACAUCUAAAACCUUUACCUCUGUUGGAACACAGUGGGAAGACCACAUCUUCGAGGAGCAUUGUUAUAUUAAGAGACAACACAGUAUAACUUAUGUAAACCAGUCAACGCAGUGCGAUACAUUCAAGCCUCUAACUCUGAUGAAUGACUAUGACUCAAAUCUCUACACUGGGCUCCCUCUCCACACAUUUCAUACCCUUGUAGCUGUUCUGCGUCCCCAUGAGAAUCUGGCUUACCAGACUGAAAUUGAACAGCAAAUCUUGCUCACAUUAAUGAAGCUGAAAUUAAACCUGUUGAUAGAAGAUCUUGCCAUUCGAUUCCGUAUAUCAGUGAGUCAAGUGAGCAAGAUAAUUUCUUUUUGGAUUGACACCAUGGCUGCAGUCUUAAAGGAACUGAUACCAUGGCUCCCCAAAGAGACAAUCAGGGCCACAACACCAGAGGCAUACAAGCAACAUUAUCCCAAUGUUACCUGUAUCUUAGACUGCAGUGAAAGUGAAGUCCAAAGACCAGGGAACCUAGACUCAAGGUCUGAAUCAUACAGCCACUACUAUGCUUGCAACACCAUCAAGUAUUUAGUGGCUAUUGCACCAUGUGGUCUAGUAAUGUUUAUAUCUGCAGCAUAUGGGGGACGCUGUAGUGACAAAUUCAUCACGUGUGAUUCUGGCAUUCUCGAAUACCUCCAUCCAGGAGAUGAAGUGAUGGUGGACAGGGGUUUUUUGAUUAGAGACUUGUUGUUUGAAAGAAAAGUCAAUAUGAUAAUUCCUCACUUUGCCAACAAAAUGCAGCUAACAGAAGAAAAAGUCACAUGUAGCCGCAGGAUUGCAAAUGUAAGGAUACAUGUUGAACGUGCAAUUAGGAGACUGAAAGUAUACAAGGUGUUAUCACAAACCUUGCCUAUCACCCUUAUGCCAAAGAUAGAUAAAAUUCUGCGUAUAUGUGCAGCUUUAGUGAAUUUGCGUGGUGAUCUAAUCCGUGAAGCAGAUAAUUAAGUUAUUUUAAAAUGAAAUGUUGUCUUCUUCAACUCGCUCUCAUGAUUUAUUUUGAAGAAUGUUGGUAACCAGACAGUUGAUAGUAAUCAGACUUCCAUAGUCUUUUUUUUUUCACUAUGAAGUCAAUGGUUACCAUCAACUGUCUGGUUACCAACAUUCUCCAAAAUAAAUCAUUGUUCAACAGAAGAAAAAAACUAUACAAGUUUGGACUGACAUGACGGUGAGAAAAUAAUGACAAGAUUUUAAUUUCUGGAUUAACUUUUCAUUUGAUGCUCACACUGCUGCAUUAGUCAUGUACAUAUAUGUAUAUAUGUGUUUAAUAACAAUACUUGACAUUUUAACUUCUCAAAAAUCCAUCUCAGUGUGUUUUCUGUUUCCUUGUGCUAUGUACAUAUAUACACUUUAAUCUAAUAUAAAUAAAUAACACGCAAGACUUUCUAAGUGCAAACCCUGUAAACAAGAAAAUAUCACAUACAUAAAAAAAAUGUUAAAACUUGCCUUGACACAAUAAAAACUUU